ACACUGUGCGCAGGGACCGACCGCAAGCGAGGCCGCCAGACCUACACGCGCUACCAGACCCUGGAGCUGGAGAAAGAGUUUCACUACAACCGCUACCUGACGCGGCGGCGGCGCAUCGAGAUCGCGCACGCGCUCUGCCUCACGGAAAGACAGAUCAAGAUCUGGUUCCAGAACCGCCGCAUGAAGUGGAAAAAGGAGAACAAGACGGCGGGCCCCGGAACCGCUGACCAGGACAAGGCUGAGGCUGAGGAGGACGAGGAAGAGUGAGGGGUGGAGAACGGGUGGAGGAAGAGAGAGAUGAGGAGGGGAGAGAGGGAGAAGCCCAGCUUUGGGGACUGAACCAGGAAACUCAGAUCAAAUAGGGGAGGAAACCCUAUUUAAAUGGAAAACAGUUAAAAAAAUUGUUUAAGGAGAGAAGGUGAAAUUUUGGUUUCUUAACACUGAAAACAAAAACUACCUAUAGAAAAGUCCGCCGGGUUUGUUUUGUACAGUAUGGGAAGGACGUCGCCUACCUGUUCUAUAGCUUUCUGGAAUUUGCCUCCCCUUUUCUAUGUCGCUAACUGUAAGGUCUUUGUAAAAUGUUGCUGUUUUGUAAGCCCCCUUCUUUGACGCUGUCCUUUGUGGUCUGUGGGUCUGGAUUAACGUGUUGUUCCCCUGCCCUCAUGAGCCCACCUUCCCAGUAGAGGCACUGAAGGGGCCUUAGGGAGCCCCAAGGACCCACCGACUAGCUCCAUUGUCCUCUCUGUGCACCUGCCCUGCCCAACGCUCCCUGCUCCUGCCUGCCCUGUGGUCCUCUUUACAUUCUGUGUGUAUCUGAAGAAAGGAGAAAUAAAACACAAUUUAAAAACAAA